AUGCGGCUACGCAACAGAGGAGAACGGAAACGUUAUGUUGAAGAACCGCUUAUUUCCGAUGAUGACGAACCUAUCAUUAUUUCCGAGAACAGCACCAAGGAUGAUGAUUUUGAAGAACCAUCAGACGGUCCUGUUGACCAGGAGGUUGAUGACGAUGAGGAGGAAGGUGUACCAACCAGCGAUGAUGAACUAGCACCAGACAAUGGCGAUGAUGACAUCGCGACAAGUUUCACGCCAAAGAAGCAGCGCAACGUUGGAGCAGGGAAGAUCCAGAGCCGGAAAAGUUUCCACGAGAUCCCGCUCUACCCCUUAGAGAGCCGUAUCGUUACUCGUGUUUACGCUGGGCCUCUUCGACGCUAUGCGCGAUACAGUGCUUUGAGAGAUGUUAUGUUUGGCCCAGAGUACCAUCGGAUCAAGAUUAUUUGGGACCUUGAGAUUCGCUGGGCGAACUUUCCCAUCCUCCCUCCUAAGCGAACCCCCGAGGACCAGCAGGGAAUCCUGCCAAGUCCGUGGUUACCGCGAGGCUUUGAACGAGAGCAAGAAAAGAGGGCAUUCCUUUGGUACGAAGCACUUCGAACUAAUGCGCCAGGCCUUCAGAGAUCCCGGCCACUCUCCCCUGAACAGGCACGACCGUUCAUUCCGGACGAAGGUGGCGAUAUUAUUACAUUGGUUGGCCCAUGGGAUAAGCAAAAGGAGUACAGGCUUAGGCAAGGAAGUAGUCUACAGAUAUCAGACUCUGGCUAUCCCGUUGAGGAGUCUAGCCCGAAGUCAACUUCAACUGGCUGGAUGUUUGAUGUCGGUGGCAUCCCUUUAGCUGUCGCGUGGGCUCCAUCGACUCGGUCGGAUUCUCAAAUUCUUGCCGUCGCUACAGUUCCCUUUUCAGAUCAGACGAUGUCAAAUCAGGAAAGUGCCACAAAUUCUGCAGACGGGGCACAAAACGCGACAGGAUGUAUCCAAUUCUGGGAGUUCAUACCUGAGAAAAUAGGUCCAGGACAGCUGGCCACCCCUUCGGCACAACCUGCCAGGUUCCUUGGCGGAAAGUGUUUUAAUUGGGGCCGGCCGAAGAGGCUUCAGUUCGCCCCAGUACCAAUGGAAUGUUGUGGCUCGCUGGGGAUACUUGCCGUCCUUUGUGGUGAUGGGAAAGCGAGAGUGAUUGAUAUCAAGAACCUCCAGAGCCCUGGACCGACAUUUGAUGAAACACCUAUUGCAACAUUUAACCUUUCGGAAGACUACAAAGUCGAUGUCACCUGCCUAACGUGGGUCAACACAAAUCGACUCGCUUUGGGUCAUUCUGACGGGUCCAUCACGUUGUGGUCUGUUUUCCCACAACAGAUGUUACAGCGUGUCGGGGUGCACACGACAUAUGUUAUCGACAUAUGCUCUGCAUAUCCGUCAAGUCCAUACCUGGUUGCGUCAAUACCAGUGGGCGGAUGCGCCACCCUCACGGAUCUUUCCCAGCCGAGCUCGGAAUUCACCUACUUCCCUGUUCCAGCCAUCAAUUUCCAGCCUAAUCUCCUCUGUUGGAACGAGUCCAUGCAAGGCUUCAUGGCAUUGUACCCGUCCUCGACGCCAAACACAACCGUCGCAUUUCUUCACCAUCGAUAUUUCUGCCAGGCGCGGAGCAUCUGUACAGGACCCAACACUCUCACAUGCGUGUCGGCGGGAGUCACUCACCCCUUCAUUCUGGCUGGCUGUGCCGACGGGUCCAUCUUUUCGUGUAAUGGGCUUCAGAAGCUUUUUAAGCAAAAGGGAGAGCCAUUACGCAAGUUAAAGAUCUUUGAGCAUGAGUAUCGGCCUGUGGAUUCGUGGAAGCAGCCCCCACCAGUGGACGUGGCCGAUGGCGGCAGGGUGAGGGGAGCAGCCAGAAUCCUGCAGGGCUUCCUACCUGAGCCCAACGAUGACCCCAGAACGGAGAAACGAAAGGAAAUGGACAGGAAGAAGCGGUUGGAAAAACUCAAGAGGGCAGCAGGGAAAAAGAAGAGAGGCCGCAAGAAGAUUCAUGAGGAUGACGAAGCUGAAGAUCGCGAGGCCGAGUUGGACCAGAAACUGGCGUCUCGGGUAGUGAUUCACGAGCCACUAACGAGAUUGACCACCAUCGCUUGGAACCCCAACGUGCUCUUCAGUUGCUGGGCUGCAUGUGCCAUGGCGUCUGGUCUGAUCAAAGUCAUGGAUCUUGGAGUGGACCUUUGA